GCACGUGUAGACGUCAUUCCGUGCGUUUGCAGAAGUAACCGCAGUGAUUCGUGUGAGUGUGACACAACACGCAGUUUGUGGCGUUAUCAAAUGUAAACACAAACGUAAACAGAAGUCAAAUCAGCACAAGACGGUCCACAUUGCCUACGUUGUGGCCUGGAUAUUAAGUGUCCCUUAAAAUAACAAUGAAUAUAUGGUUGCAGGAUGUGUUUGGAAAGCAGUUUUGAGGUUCCGCGCAGACGCACUGACGUCACUGACAUCGAGGUAUCAAGAGAGAAGAGAAAGCAGCAGGAGAAAGCAACAGCGGACAGUAUCCAUAAUUGUAUCAACACCAGAGAGCUCCUUUCGCAUCUCCUGUAUUAUACGUUACCUCUACAGCAGUGCUAAGAUGGCCACCUCCUCCCCCAGUCUUGAAGAAGAUGAGAGUCUAAGGGGCUGUGAAGUUUUUGUGCAGAAAUACAACAUCCAACAGAUUCUCAAAGAGUGCAUUGUGAAUUUGUGCAUCGCCAAACCUGAGCGUCCUAUGAAAUUCCUACGGGAACACUUUGAAAAGCUGGAGAAGGAAGAAAGCAAGCAAUUCUUGGCACGACAGAAAUCUAACUCUCAAUCAGACUCGCAUGAUGAAGUUUCUCCUCCUCCUCCAAACCCAGUGGUGAAGGCCCGACGCAGGAGAGGGGGGGUCAGCGCAGAAGUCUACACAGAGGAGGAUGCAGUCAGCUAUGUCAGGAAGGUAAUCCCAAAGGACUACAAGACAAUGACUGCCUUGGCUAAGGCCAUUUCUAAGAAUGUGCUGUUUGUCCAUUUGGAUGACAAUGAGAGGAGUGACAUAUUUGAUGCCAUGUUCCCCGUCACACACAUUGCUGGAGAAACAGUCAUUCAACAAGGUGAUGAAGGGGACAACUUUUACGUAAUUGACCAAGGAGAAGUUGAUGUAUAUGUGAAUGGUGAGUGGGUGACCAGUAUUGGAGAGGGUGGCAGUUUUGGGGAGCUAGCUCUGAUAUAUGGAACUCCACGUGCUGCCACUGUUAAAGCUAAGACUGAUCUCAAGCUUUGGGGUAUAGACCGUGACAGCUACCGGCGCAUUCUUAUGGGCAGUACACUGAGAAAGAGGAAGAUGUAUGAAGAGUUCCUGAGUAAGGUGUCAAUCCUUGAAUCUCUGGAGAAGUGGGAAAGGCUGACAGUGGCUGAUGCUUUGGAGCCUGUACAGUUUGAAGAUGGUGAAAAAAUUGUGGUGCAAGGAGAACCAGGGGAUGACUUCUUCAUCAUCACAGAGGGGACAGCAUCUGUCCUGCAGCGCAGAUCUGACAAUGAGGAGUAUGUAGAGGUAGGCCGCCUUGGACCCUCUGAUUACUUUGGUGAGAUAGCGCUGCUCUUGAACAGGCCACGUGCAGCCACUGUGGUGGCCAGAGGUCCAUUGAAGUGUGUAAAGCUGGAUAGGCCACGCUUUGAACGUGUUUUAGGGCCCUGCUCUGAAAUCUUGAAGAGAAACAUCCAGAGAUAUAACAGCUUCAUCUCCCUCACUGUCUGAGCCACCACAUCCAUGGCCUCAAGGCUUGGUUACAUGAAAUAGUUCAGGAUAAUUCAGUUUACAUUUAUUUAAAGGGUUUCAGCUUGCUUCUAUGUUACUCUAUGUAACCAGGCUUCUUUUCUUGUUUUUCUUUUUGCAAUACAUUUUUUUUUAAACAAAGAUUGAAUGAUGGUAUGCAAACUGUAGGCAUUAUUCAGCAUCUUUUUGUGCAUUUUAAUUUACCUAAUUGUAUAUUGCCUUUUUGUUUAGGGUUUUGGUUCUUGCUCCAUAUUGUGUGUCACUGAAUUGGUGUGUGUGUGUGUGUGUGUGUGUGUUUUUCUGAAGACAAAUCUGAGCUAUUCAGUCGUAAUAAUAUGUUCUUAGUAAAAUCCCAUAUAAUUAGGGGAUCUAAGCAUGAACCUCAAACUUUCCCUACAGUGGAUCUCCAAUUUAUAGUAAUAUGAAAAUUAGGUUUACAGGGGUGUUGUUCUGAAGUAAGAUGUGUUUUUUUGUUUUUUUCUAUUCUGGAGAGUGUGCUUGCUGUAGCCUGAUGUUUCAUGAACACUUACUGAAAUUACUUACAGUAUUUGUUGUUUGUUGUACAAUACCAUUAUUUGGUUGAGACUUUGGUUCAGGGAAAGAGUGAUUUUAGACAAUUUACAGAUUUGAUUCUGUGUAGUGUCAAUACACAAAAUGCAAAUGAAGACAUAUUCAUUCCAUUUUUUAAAAGUCAAUAAAGAAACACACCUGAACAUCACUGCAUCUUUGUCUUUCCAUGUCUUAUCCAUCUCUCUAAAUGUUCUCACAGAAGUGGUUGAUGAAGCACAAACAGUAAAAAAUAAUUUACGUUAAAAAAAGGUGCUACAAACAUCUCUACACUCUGUUCUCUACUGGUUUUCACUUCAUUAACACAGUAUUCAGGUUUUUAUUAUCUAACUAUUGAACACUGCACAUAAUUACAAAUCAAAUCUGUUGAACAACAAAGAUGGGAAAUGAUGAAAGAUGUACAGCAACAUUAUGUUCAAAAAAGUUAAAGAGUGGUUACAAUUAUUUAAUCCAUGCAAUCAUUCAAGACAAGUAAAGUGGCUUAUUGUCAUUUCAACUAUAUACAGCUGUCGCAGUACACAGUGAAAUGAAACAACAUUCCUCAAGGACCAUGGUGAUACAUAAAACACAGAAUUACAUUAGAGUACAGAGAACUAAGACUAUACAGGAUGUUCAUGUGUGCAAAAAGAGAAAGACAGUAUGAUGAUUACUAAAACUGGACAGUAGGCACAGUGCCGCACUGACCAGUACAUGGGUCUAGUGUAGCUAAAGUGUAAGAUGUAACAGGUUGUGCAAAAGGAUAUAACAAUAUAAUAAUAGAAUGCUGUAAAUUUAACCAUAACAUACUAUCACACAGAGUUCAGCAGAUAUGCAUAAAACGUAUAUAGACAUAGCAGUUGUUGCAGUAGCAGCCAGAUAGAAAGUAUAAUACUGACAAAAAGAAAUACAAUUUUUUUUUAUAAAUACAAUGUUAGCAGCAAAAUUGUAGGGGGUCAAUACAGUAUUCUGUUCAUGCUGUAAAAUUCUUGUAAAAAGAAAAAAAAAUUGCAAUGGAAGUUGAAUGGUGUUCUGGAGUCUGAUUGCUUGGAAGGCCCAAAUGCUUUGGUACCUUUUGCCAGACGGCAGGAGGGUGCAGAGAUUGUGUGAGAGGUGCCUGGGGGCAUCCACAAUGCUGGUGGAUUUGCAGAUGCAGCAUGUAGUAUAAAAGGUGCAAUUUCCAAACCAGGCAGUGAUGCAACUGCUUUGGAUGCUCUCACUAUUCUGUCUGUAGAAUCUGGUGAGGAUGGGGGUGGGAGAUGAGCUUUUCUUAGCCUUUGCAGAAAUUAGAGAUGCUACUGGGCUUUCUUGGCUAUGGAGCUGGGGUUGAGGGACCAGUUGAGGUUCUCCACCAGCUCUUGUUGAUCUCCACAGAGGAGCCAUCAAUGUUCAGUGGAGAGUAGUCGCUCUGUACUCUCCUGAAGUCAAAACUAUCUUUUUUUGUUUUGUCCAUGUUCAAAGACUCUUGGUUAGCUCUGUAGUAGACCACUAACCGCUGCACUGCCUCUCUGUAUGCUAACUAAUAAUUUUUGCUGAUGAGAUCCACAACAGUCGUGUCUUCGGUGAACCUGAUGAUGUGAUUCAAGCUGUGCAGUGGACUAUCAUCUGAUGAGUGGUUGGGAGGAUACACAAACUGGAGGGGGUCCAGUGAGGGGGCAGCAGGGUCUUAAUGUGCCUCAUGACAUGCCUCUUGAAGCACUUCUUAAUGAUGGAUGUGAA